AUGAAAAGCAUCCUAAUGCGAAGAUCAAAGAGUCAACUGAGACCGAAGGAAUGCCAUCUUGGAAUGCUUCUCGCAAGCAUUGUCAUCAUCUUGUCUACAAUCUGCUCUGCCAGUAUAAUCAAUGACAAUGAGUUGAACAUAUUGUCGAGUGAGCUAUCUGCUGAAGAAUGUCGGAAACUGUUGUCCGUUCUUUACGAGCGUCGGCAGUCACUGCCAGCAAGGAGUCGUCUCCAGCGCACCCGGGACAUCACGGGGCGAUGUGUGCUGGACCUGGAGCGAUGGUUGGACAGCGAGGCCAAGGAGGGUCUAGCGCUCACCGAGCUGGACGAAGCCCUCCGUGACAUCGGAAAACCAGCACUCGGUCACCAGAUCGCAAACGAAGUUUUCGCAGAGAAGACUCACAAUCUCCGGGAUUUGUUCGGCCAAGAUGGGCGUCUAGCGUCCAAAGAUAUUUUCCAACGACGCCAUUAUUAACGAGAGCUUCUCCAGAAUACAUCAGGACAUGAAUCCUGUGUGGUGAAUUGCUAUAUAAGAUUCGACCUGGGCCCUUCGAUGUCAUAGAAAUUUGUCAGCACAGAAACUUAACUAUGGAGCUCCCAUGGGCUUCGCCAGGAUUUUUUCUAGAGGUUGGCAAAGCAUAUUUGUCCUCCCAAAAAAAUCCUGUAUUUCUCAACAUAUUCGCGAUUUAUCAGUUUUAGAGGGGGCAGGGAUAUC